GCGGCGGCGGCACCGGGAGCGGCACCGGGAGCGCAGCGCGGCUCGGGCUCGGCGCGGCGGCGGAGCGGCGGGAGCAUGGAGAUGGAGAAGCGCUUGACGCUGGAGCUGCGCAACAAGAAGCCGAGCGAGGUGAAGGAGCUGGUGCUGGACAACUGCCGCUCAGAGGAUGGCAAGGUGGUUGGUCUCUCCUCAGACUUCGAGAACCUGGAGUUCCUCAGCAUGAUCAACAUCAACUUGCUGUCCGUGUCCAACCUCCCCAAGCUCAGCAAGCUCCGGAAGCUGGAGCUGAGUGAUAAUAGGAUUUCUGGUGGCCUUGAAGUUCUAGCAGAGAAAACUCCCAACCUGACACACUUGAAUCUAAGCGGCAACAAGAUCAAAGACAUCAACACCCUGGAACCCUUGAAAAAGUUGCCAAACCUCCACAGCCUGGAUCUAUUCAACUGCGAGGUGACGAUGCUCAUCAACUACCGGGAGAGCGUGUUCGCCCUCCUGCCCCAGCUCACCUACCUGGAUGGCUUCGAUGCUGACGAGCAGGAAGCCCCUGACUCAGACCCCGAAGCAGAUGGGGAUGCACUGGAAGAUGACUAUGAGAACGGGGAAGAAGGUGAGGAGGAGGAGGAUGAUGAGGAGGAAGACGAUUUGGAUGAAGAAGUCAUUGAUGACGAGGAAGAUGAAGACGAUGAUCUGGAAGGUGAAGAGGAGGAGGAUGGAGUGGAUGAUGAGGAGGAAGAUGAGGAGGAAGAUGGUGAGGAGGAUGAAGAAGAUGAAGCUGAUGAGGACCAUCCAUGUGGGGAGAAGAGAAAACGAAGUCUAGAGGAUGAAGGAGAGGAAGAUGCAGAGGAUGAAGAGGACGAUGAGGAUGACUGAUCCCAGCGAGCCAAUCAGUUUUACAGACUCUGACUGUGCUUGUCUUAAACCUCCCCGUUGUGUCUGUGUGAGACUGUAAAUCCCUGUCUCCCACUCCUCCUGCUCCUCCCCCUUUGUAUGGCUGCAGCGUCCACAAUAUAUUUUUUUAAGAUUUAGAAUACUGUAGGCAUUCAGGGGAAUCUUCCAUACAAGGCUCACUUCUUUCUCACAAGUAUCUCAUGACCAAAGGCUUCUCCGUUCGGUGGUUUGUGCAGCAGCUUGCAAAAAAAAAAAAAAAAAUCACAAAAAAGAGAAAAAAAAAAAAAAAAAAAAAAAAAAUCUCCUCCUUAGGGUAUCUUUGUGUCCGAAAUCAGCUGUACCACACUGGACCCAGAGCUCCAGCUCGCACCUUGCCAGCACAGAAGGCCUUUGCCACCCUCGUGCCCUCAGCCCAGGGCUCUGAAGACGCUUUUUGAGCCAUCUCGGGUGCAAAAUCUGGUUCAUCUGCGUGGACUCGGAACGAUCCCUGAGGGUGUCUCAGCUCUGAAAUCAUGGUGAUGUGAUCUCUGGACAUGCUUGAAGAUGCUUUUAGUGCUGGGGAUGGGGGGUGCCUGGGGUUUUGGGGGGAGGAAGGGAGGGAGGGGGCUGCUUGCAUGACCUGGUCCCUCUGCGAUGCACCUUGCAGUAGCCCUGCACUUGCUUUCCUAUUUUUGUUAUAAACUGGAACAUUUUUCCCAGUGGCCGCCCGAAACCCAUCCCUUGGGACGUCCCAAGCAAGUGGGGAUUUCGUGGCCGUGUCUGUGCUGCGGGGAGGCUCCCGGUGCCCCUGCAGCACCUUUGGGAAGGGAUAGGGAACGCAGGUAUGGGGAUACUGCUCCUCCAUCCGUGUCACACUGCACAGCCCCGCUCAGCCACGAUCACUGUGAUGCUCCUGCAGACCGUGUUAGCCUGUAAAUUCUCAGGGUCCUUCUGCCAGCCAGUGCCAGCUCUGCACAGGCCCUCGGUGCCAGCCUGGCCUGGGCAUCCUCCUCCUCCUCCUUUCCCAGCACGGAGCAGAAAUCCAGCUCCCCCCUCGUGUCCCUGCUGUGGGGGUUCUGCUGAUGCCACCCCGAGGUGGCUGCAGGGAGGAUUUGGGGAAUCCAGCCAGGUGCAGCAUUCCCAACCCCAUUCCCACCUUCCCUCACCCCAGAGGUGUCCGGCCAGCACAUCCCUCGGGAGAAUGACCCUGGGGCGGGGGGGAUGGGGACACCCCAGGGGUGCAGACAAGCACUGGCACUUUGUGGCAUUCCCGCUGGGUGCUCCGGGCACUCUGCGGGCCCCCGAGGCUCCAGCCCUGCUCUCCGAGGGGGGUUUGGGGUGUGUUUGCAGCACAGCCCCGUUCCCGGGGUUUGUGGGGUGUGUUUUGCAGCACAGCCCAGUUCCCUGGGUUUGUGGGGUGUGUUUUGCAGCACAGCCCCGUUCCCGUCGCUUCGUUCUCGCUGGUGUCUCUCGCAUUGUACAGUCGCUGUGACCAUUCGGAGAAGAACUAAUCCUGUAAAAUGCAAAACUGAGUAACUUAUAAAUGUUUAAGGAAUUUAAAAAAAAAAAAAAAUGUCAGAGCAGCAGUUACUUCUAAUUUUUUUUCCCUGCAUUUUUAGCAGAUUGUAUGGAUUUUAUAUUAGCCUAGUAACUGUCAGGUUUUGAUUGGUCAGACUAGUCCCAGAAAUAAGGAUCUCCAGCCCUUUUGUAUCUUUUGUUACAAAAUUUGGAUAAAAUUUUAAUAAAGACUUCAGUUUUUAAAAAUGCA